AUGCCUCCUUCCCCGGUUGCCUCUUGGUCUCCUUUUCUUUCCCUUCUGUGUUUGUGCAUCCUGCCAGUCUCUGGAGACAGUGGAGUACUUACCGAACAUUGGACUGUCAACCAGCGUCCACCACUUGAUAAAGCCCUUCUUGGAAUUCAGGUCGGUAGUAUAUUUGCUGCCUACGUGAUCUUCGUUGCUGUUCUGCUCGCUCUACUACUACUGGUCGGAAGACGGUUGAGGCGAACUGUUCAGUCAUCCAACUACUCGCUUCAGAUGCAAAUGCUGAAGCCAGUCAAACCGCCCAUCAGCUUGGAUCCCAGUCCAGUAUCUCCAAUCUCGCACAACCUGCCCAGUCCCAGGUCACACCAAUUCACGACCUCGUGGGGAAGUAUCCAUCGUGGAGCUAGGCCCUCUCAGAGCUCUGUCAACGGCAGUAUGGUGACAGUCGAUGAAUCCGUUGUCGCUUCGGACCGACAGCGAGCCCAGGACCAGAUGGAAAUGCUCUAUGCGGCAGUCAUGGAGCAUGAUGCUCAAAAGGCCUCCGGCGUGGACGUCUCUGUUCGCGGCCGAGACUCCCAGAGCCAGUCUCCGGACAGUCAAUACACCAACCCUUUCACCGACCGACACGCCGCAUAUGCCCCUGAGCAACCACCAUUGCCACCGCUGAAAUCCCCGAAGUCCUCGAGGUUCUCGAAUAGCCCGCGCCUCUCGAAGCUGUUUAGCUUGAGGUCAGGGUCAAACCCGGAUGCGGGCAAGCUGCGUUCUCCAAAGUUCCCUAUCCGAAAGAUGGGCAUCUCGUCACCGCUGGCUUCUCCAGACUCUUGGACUCCCCAGACAUACUCUCAUGAGCCUGCCCCUCUAUCCCCGCGUUUUUACAACCCCGGUCCCCCUCCGGUAGCACCGGCGUCUCCGGCAGCUCCUCGAGCACCACCCCCGGCCGCCUUCGGGGCGAAUGUUCCCUCUCCAGGUCGCGCUCGACCGCCAGCCCCAUUGAACCUAGCUACCGCAUCGCCACAGGCCCAAUCCUCGCAGUCAUCACUUCCAUUCCGCGAGGCGUACCCCUUGCAAAGUGCUCCGGCUACCAAGACCACGAUUCUGGAGCGUCCUACAAAAAAUCGCACUGGGCCAAUCACUGGUGUGCCGACUCCCUAUAGCGCAUACAUGCCGUUCACCCCGGUGACUCCAUUUACACCGGGACGGACCGUGACGAAGCGCCAACGAAGACGCGAGGAGAAGGAGAAUGGGCUUCGGGUGUUGAAUGAGGAUGACCUUGUCAAGGACGAUGAGGAUAUGUGGUGA